GCGGCCCGGGCCCCGGACCCCCGUGACCCCUCGGUGACCCCUCGGUGACCCCCCGGCGACCCCCCCCGGCCAUGGGUGUGGAGGGCUGCACCAAGUGCAUCAAGUAUCUGCUCUUCGUCUUCAACUUCGUCUUCUGGCUGGCCGGAGGGGUCAUCUUGGGGGUGGCACUGUGGCUUCGCCAUGACAGCCAGACGUCCAGCAUCCUGUAUCUGCAGCUCGGGGAGAAGUCGGCCCCCAGCGCCUUCUACAUGGGAAUCUACAUCCUCAUCGCCGUCGGGGCCGUGAUGAUGUUCGUCGGGUUCCUGGGCUGCUUCGGGGCCAUCCAGGAGUCGCAAUGCCUGCUGGGCACGUUCUUCACGUGUCUGGUGAUCCUGUUCGCCUGUGAGGUGGCCGCGGGGAUUUGGGGCUUCGUCAACAAGGACCAGAUCGCCAAGGACGUGAAGCAGUUCUACGACCAGGCGCUGACCCAGGCCGUGAUGGAGGAGGACACCACCAACGCCAAAGCCGUCGUCAAGACCUUCCACGAGACGCUGCACUGCUGCGGAGCGGACGUCCUGAGCACUCUGACCGUCACCCUCACCCAAAAGAACCUGUGCCCCGAUGGCAGUGCCAGCUUGGUUCUGUUCACGAGUAACUGUCACCAGAAAAUCGACGAGCUGUUCUCGGGGAAACUGUACCUCAUCGGAAUCGCCGCCAUCGUGGUGGCCGUCAUCAUGAUCUUCGAGAUGAUCCUGAGUAUGGUGCUGUGCUGUGGGAUCCGCAACAGCUCGGUGUACUGAGCGCUCGCCGGGGGCCGGCGGGGCCCGGGCCGGCCCGCCCGGGCGUAGAGGAUGUCGCCUCACCCCCAUCACCAGACCACCCUCAGCCUUCCUACCGGCCUUUUCCGGUCCCCUUUAUAGAGAAGCGCCCGCCUGCCCGCCCGCCCGCCCCACCGCGCUGCCCGCCGCGGGCCGGACCCCCGGGCUCGGGCCGUUCGGGCCCAAAACGUCCCGGGGAAGGGGCACGGCGGGGAGAGGACGGGGCCAGGGUGACCGGUGGCCCAUCCUCUGGGCCUGGAGGUCCAGGGGAGGAGAGGAGGGUGGGCUCUGAAGGCCUUGAGGAGGGCGGGGGUCUCAAUCAAUCAAUCAAUCAAUCGAUCAAUCAAUCAAUC